UAAGUAGAUAGACUAUAUUCAUUCUGGAACAAUUGGAUUUUUAUACAUUUAAAAAACGUCUUAAAAUUAGCUUAAAAAUUAGCUUAUUUUAACAUUUUUUUCCUUCCAAAUUUCAUUACUUUUUGUAUACAAAUUUCAUUGAUAUUUUACUUUUAUAUAAAAUUACAUACAUUUCUCGAUAUAAAUUUAUAUAAAUAAAUUGCAAACAAACAACACCAAUUUCCGUUUUUUUUAAAUAUGUACAAUAUACAUAAAUUAUAUAUAUAUAUAUAUAUAUAUAUAUAAAUUGCUUUUGUUUUCAAAAAUUAUAUAGCUUGUUUACAGCACGACUUUAACUAUUUCGUUUAUAGAAUAGUGUCAUUAUUUCGUAAUAUCAAGCUUAUGACGUCAUUUUUAUAGUAUUUUCUGGAAUCUUCUAGAUUAGUACCCCGUAAUAUUGUGUCAUGUUUUUCGAGGUUAUAAAUAUAACCCACCGCUGAGUUUUUACUCAUUUGCGGGUAUACUGUAGUCGUCCUCAGUCGUCCAAAGUACUAUAACAGCGAAUUGAUACUGAAUCUUUAGACAGACAUGGUCUCAACUACACCCAACGGAUCAAUAACAACAAUUCAAGAAUACGUGGAAGAGAAGUGUGAUAUUUGUUGAUUAUUGGACAAAGAAAACACAGGUUUUAUCAAGUCUGUAUAAGCAAAUUUAAGGAAUAUAAGAAUUCAAAAACUAAAAAAUAAACCUGAUAAAUAAUAAAUAAUAAAUAAUGCACAAUCAAAUAUCAAUAAGAUAUAUUAAGAAUAAAGGUGUAAAUAUACAUAAUCCAAAAUGGUUUAAAUUUUUUCAAGAACAUAAUAAAUACUCAAACGAAAGUGAUAAUCAAAUAAAGCACUAUUUAAGAAAUUACAAAUUAUGCAUAAAGAAUGGGAAAAAUAUUAUAACUGAGGAACUAAAAUUGAAAGAACUGUAUAAAAUAUUAAGCAAGAAAAUAAAACAGUCUAUAUAUAUUGAAAAAAUUAGAAAUUAUUUUCGAACUAACUAAUGAGGAAAAAAAUUAUUGGUUGACUGGUAUUCCAUUUAAAUUCCAUGAAGACAUAAUAGUAUUAUCCAAUAAAAAACAAUCCAUUAAUAAAUACAAACCAGUAUAUUAUGAAGAUAAUUUUAAAAAUAGAUAUACCCAAUUCAAAAUUAAAAACGAAUAUGGAGCUAAAGAUUUAUCAAGUUUUAUGGAUGAUGUAAAGAAACCUGUGCUAUCACUUAUUAAAAAAUGGUUGACAAUACAUAAUGCCUUAAAAGUUAAUUUAUGUGUUAUUGGAAGCUAUGAAAAAGAUUGUACUAUGAAGAGUCCUGAAAUAGAAUCUAAAUACUUACAAACAACAAAUUAUGAAAUUUUUUUAGAAUCAAAUAUGGACGAAAUAUAUAUAAAUAUGAAUGAUAAAAUAUUAUAUGAACAUGAACGUGUAUCUGAUAACUUAGCAGGCUCUAAUUGGGUAUUACAAUCAAUUGACAUCCUUAAUAUUGCUAUUAAUAAAUAUGAUCCUAUUAGAGGUAGUACAUAUAUCAGAACCCCAGAUAAGAUAGCUAAUAAGAAAUCAACUGUAAAUGUAAAAAAUGAAGACAAUAAAUGUUUUUUAUGGUCAAUUUUAGCUCAUUUAUACCCACCUGGAAAUAAUCCACAAAGAGUAUACCAAUAUGAAAAAUAUAAAAAUAUAUUUAAUGAAGUUAAAAUCGAAUAUCCGAUGGCAGUUUAUAAAAUACCUGGAUUUGUAGACAAUGUAAAUAAAAAAAACUUAAUUGAAGGAGGUCUAUCUAUUAAUGUAUAUCAUCAUGAUGAAUUUUACAAAAUCAAUCCAUUAACUGUAACCAAAAAUGAAAAAAGAGUGCAUAUUGACUUAUUACUAUUAAAGAAUGAAGAUAACACACAUUAUAUUUUAAUCAAGAAAUUAUGGAGUUUAAUUAGAAAUCAAAUUACAAAAGAUCAUAAAAAAAGAUAUCUCUGUAGAAUGUGCUUAAAUAGCUUUCAAACUGAAUUAAAACUAUCAAAUCAUAAGAAUUAUUGUCAAUCAAAUAAAGUAGCAAGAAUUACUUUACCAUAUAAAAAUAAAAUUAUUAAAUUUAAAAAUUAUAACCAUAAAAUGAAAGUACCUUUUGUAAUUUAUGCAGAUUUUGAAAGCAUUAUAGCACAGAUAAACUAUAAAAAAGAAAAAUAUAGUACUAUUAAAAUUCAGAAACAUAUUGCAAUAAGUUUUGUUUACUUUAUUGUAUACGUCAAUAGUGAUAAUGAUUGGAAACAAUGCUCUUUAGAAUACUUUGGAGAAGAUUCUCCGGAAAUAAUAUAUAAAUAUUUAAAACAAGAUGCUAUACUUGCAUCUAAAAAAUAUUUGAAUAAAAUUAAGAAAAUUAAAGAACUGAAUGAAAUACAAAAAAAAGAAUAUGAUAAUGCAACAAUAUGCCAUAUUUGUGAAGAAAAAUUAUAUACUGAAGAUAAGGUUCGAGAUCAUGAUCAUUUAACGGGGUUAUAUAGAGGAGCUGCUCAUAAUAGGUGUAAUCUAAAUUAUAAAGUCCCAAAAUUUAUUCCUGUAUUCUUUCAUAAUUUUUCAGGAUAUGAUUCUCAUUUAUUAGUCAGAGAAUUAGGUAAUGAUACAGAUAAUAUAGACCUUUUACCAAAUAAUGAAGACAAUUAUAUUUCAUUUUCCAAAAAAAUACAGUAUUCUACAAAGAAUAUUGAACUUAGAUUUUUAGAUUCUUACAAAUUUUUAUCUAACUCACUUUCAGAAUUAGCCAAAAGUAUGAAAUUAUAUAAUUUUAAAAUUUUAAAGAAAUGGUUUCAGAAAGAAAUACCUGGUAAUUUAACUGAAUUACAAAAGGUAUAUUUAUUUAGAUUAUUAACUAAAAAAUUAGCUUUUCCAUAUGAUUAUAUGAAUUCUGUAGAUAAAUAUAAAGAAACAAAAUUACCUCCAAAAGAAUCUUUUUAUAACUUACUGAAUAAUAAACAUAUUAGUGAUGAUGAAUAUCAUUAUGCUACGGAAAUUUGGAAAUAUUUCAAUAUAAAAAAUUUAAAAGAAUUUAAUAUGUUAUAUAAUAUAAUAGAUGUAAUUUUACUAGCUGAUAUAAUGGAGUAUUUCAGAGAAAAAUCAUUAAAAACAUAUGGACUAGAUCCUGCUUGGUAUUAUACUACUCCAGGAUUUGCCUGGGAUUGUAUGCUUAAGACAACAGGACAAAAAAUCGAAUUGUUAACUGAUAUAGAUAUGUUAUUAAUGUUCGAAAGAGCCAAAAGGGGGGGUUUAUCUCAAUGUUCAAACAGAUAUAGUAAAGCAAAUAAUAAAUAUAUGGGAAAAAAAUUUAAUGAAAAUAAAGAAUCAACAUAUAUACAAUAUCUAGAUGCUAACAAUUUAUAUGGGGAUGCAAUGUCAAAACAUUUACCAUAUGGUGGGUUUAAGUGGGUAAAACCAAUAUAUUUUAACGCAAACAUUAUUUUAAAAAUGAAAGAUAAUCAGAAAAAAGGAUAUUUAUUUGAGGUAGAUUUAAUUUAUCCAAAAGAACUCCAUACAAAACAUAACGAUUUACCAUACUGUCCUGAAAAUAUAAUAGAUAAUCAAAAAUUACCAAAAUUAUUUACUACAUUAUAUGAUAAAAAUAACUAUGUUAUUCAUUACUCAAAUCUACAGCAAGCUUUGAGAGCAGGCUUAAGACUAAAAAAAAUACAUAGAGUUAUUGAAUUUAGUCAAUCUGAUUGGAUGAAAGUAUAUAUAGAUAAAAAUACAGAGUUAAGACAGAUGGCAACAAAUGAUUUCGAUAUAGCAUUUUAUAAAACAAUGAAUAAUUCAGUAUUUGGAAGAUCAAUGAUGGAUGUUAGAAAACACGUUAAUAUAAAAUUAAUUUCAGAAGAAACUAAAUAUACUAAAUAUGUCUCAAAAACUAAUUUUAAAAAAUCUACAUUCUUUAGCAAAAAUUUAGCUGCUGUUCAAAUGAACAAAACAGAAAUUAUUUUUAAUCAACCAAUGUAUAUAGGUGUAUGUAUUCUUGAAAUUUCGAAAGUUGUAAUGUAUGAUUUCUAUUAUAAAUUGAAAGAAAGAUAUGGAGAUAAAAUACGUUAUAAUUAUGGAGAUACCGAUUCAUUAAUAAUUACAGUAAAAACAGAAGACUUAUAUGAAGAUAUGAAAGAUAUGAUCAAUGAGUAUGAUACAUCUGGUUAUGAUAAAUAUAACGUUUAUGGAAUCCCUCAAGUUAAUAAAAAAGUAAUAGGUAAAUUUAAAGAUGAACUAAAUGGACGAAUUAUAGAACAAUUUAUUGGAUUAGCAUCGAAAUCUUAUACAAUUAAAGUUUUUACAUCUAAUAUAGAAAUAAAAAAGCUAAAGGAGUAAAAAAUGGAAUAGUUAAAAAUAUUAUAACACAUGAUGAUUAUAAAAUAUGUCUAGAAAACAAUAUAUGUAAAAAUAUUAAUCAAGCAAUGAUACAAAGUAAAAAACAUGAAAUUCAUACAGUAAAACAGACUAAAACUGGACUAAACUGGUUUGACGAUAAAAGAUACUUAAUAAAGGGCGAAACAAAUACAUUAGCCUGGGGACAUUUUAGUAUAGAUAAAGAGAAAGAUAAUUUUAUUAAUCACUUAAAAGCUAUUAAUAAAACUAGGAAAAUAUAAUCUCUUAACAUGAUGCUUAAUAUAACAUCAUAACUCACAUAAUAUUGAAUCAUUAUUAACUAUAGUUUUUCUACAGGUUUUUAUUAAAUUCAUCAAUUCUCUUAAAACUUUGACAUUUUCAUAAAAAUUAACGAUUUUACUAUUAUCAUUAAUCAUUAUCUAUAAGAAAAAAUUAUUUACAAAAUUAAAAAUAAUUCUUUUGUUUUAUACAACUAAUAUACUUUCCAAGUCUAAGUUUCUUCAAAGGUUAUCAAUACAAGUAAACAUCUACAGAGGAAUCAUCAUCUACAAAAAGUCACAAACCACCAUUCAAACCAACAUCUACAGAAAAGACAGCAUUACAAUUCAACAUCCCAAUCCAGCAUACACAAGAUCUCAAUCAAAAAUACACAACAUCUCAAUUCAACAUACACAACAUCUCAAUUUAACAUUUUAUUUGUAAAUAUUUAAAUUGUAAACAAAUGACACUUGAAAGAUCUCUGUUGAAAAAAUUAUUAUGUACAUAAACUGUCAUAGUACUUUGGACGACUGAGGACGACUACAGUAUACCCGCAAAUGAGUAAAAACUCAGCGGUGGGUUAUAUUUAUAACCUCGAAAAACAUGACACAAUAUUACGGGGUACUAAUCUAGAAGAUUCCAGAAAAUACUAUAAAAAUGACGUCAUAAGCUUGAUAUUACGAAAUAAUGACACUAUUCUAUAAACGAAAUAGUUAAAGUCGUGCUGUAAACAAGCUAUAUAAUUUUUGAAAACAAAAGCAAUUUAUAUAUAUAUAUAUAUAUAUAUAUAUAUAAUUUAUGUAUAUUGUACAUAUUUAAAAAAAACGGAAAUUGGUGUUGUUUGUUUGCAAUUUAUUUAUAUAAAUUUAUAUCGAGAAAUGUAUGUAAUUUUAUAUAAAAGUAAAAUAUCAAUGAAAUUUGUAUACAAAAAGUAAUGAAA